GUGCAGGAGCGGGAUGAGGUCGAGUGCUCGAAAAGGACAAGGCCGGCUUCCUGCAAGAACUGCAGCUGUUCCACGGCCGGAAUGCGAUGAGAGGUAGGAAUGUGGAUUCGCACCGGUUGUAUUGGGUGGUGGUGGCCCGGGAUUGGUGGUUGAAGGUCAAUUCGCGUGAGGACUGGGGCGAGAUCAUCGAGGAGAUGGCGCUGCCGAAGCGUUGCGUGAACAACGAGAUUGCGUUGAAGAAGAUUAACUUCCGGUUUUUGGACAAGUAUGCGAGAGUUUAUUUUCACGAUGAGCCACCGACGAAGAGGAGGACGACGAAAAGCUACAUAAUCGGAGGUGGUCAGCGCAGAUGUUGCACUCGGUGCCGGCGGUUUACAGCACCGCAACUUCCCGCCCACAAACACUCACGUCGCGACGGCGCAGCUUCAGCCGAAUGAAUCUGGACAGUGAG